UUUCUCACCUGUCGUCGACCAGUCACACGUGAAUGUGUCCCGAACGUCCCUUCGACACAUGCGUGUGGGCGUGUGGGCGCGUGCUGAGGGACAAGCUGCGACAAAAUGAUUCACACACACACACACAUGACAUGCACACCCAGCCAUGCAAGUUGUUGCGUCAGUUGUCCGUCUGAAAGCAAAGCGAGAUGCGAUGCGAUCCCCACCCGAGAAAAAUCCCCCGAGACACACAAUCAAUCACGUUGGUGUGUGCAUGUGUGUCAUCUCAUCCAUCGUCCAUCGAAUCGACGAGAGAGGGCUCAUCUUAGCUUUGCUGUGUCCCUCUCCUCUCGUCGGCCGCUCGAGAGACAGACGGCCAUGCAAUGAGUCCAGUGAGUCGAGGCGCAGAAGAGAUAGAGACACGCAGAAAGCGGAGAGAGCGAGAGCGAGAUGAAGGCAAACCAUCGAUACACACACACAUACACACACCAUUCCUUUUGGUCACCCAUCAGCCAGAGUCAGCUCUACAGAUAAAUCGGGCGCCCUUCAUUGGCAGAAGAGAUGAGCAGCCUCGCUCAUCGUCCAUCUCUCAUGAUAUCAUCACACCAAUGCCCAAAACCACAAGACCACACAGAGAGUCGGGCGAAAAAACAAAACAGCCGACCCGACCCUCAUCGAUCCCUUGGCUCGGUCGGUCGCUGGCUAUGCGGUCUGGGCGACCUUUCCUUGCCUGCUCUUGAUGACCUCCUGCGCCACGUUGGGCGGGACGGGCACGUACUUGGCCAUCUCCAUGGUGAAGGACGCCCGCCCCUGCGACAGCGACCGCAGCACCGUUGUGUAGCCAAACAUCUCUGAAGGGAGGAGACACACGCACACACAGAAGUGCAUCGAUGUGUGUUGAUGUGUCUGUGCGUAUGUCCGUGCGUCUGAUGGUGGCUGGCUAACUCACCGGCGAGCGGCACUUCUGCGGUGACUUGUUUGACGUUGCCCUCCAGGUCUUCCAUCUGGCUGAUCUGCCCCCGCCGGCUGUUCAGGUCGCCCAUGACGUCGCCCAUGUACUCGCCGGGAGUCGUCACAUCAACCUGCACACACACACAGACAGGCGGACACAACACACACCUCACAAGAACCACCCCAGAGAGCCGCAGCAAACCACUCUCUGAGUGUGUGCGCACAUCCCUUACCUUCAUGAUGGGCUCGAGCAGCUGCGGGGAGCCCUUCUUGGCGGCCUCCUUGAGAGCCAUCGAGCCGGCGAUCUUGAAGGCCAUCUCGUUGCUGUCGACGUCGUGAUAGCUGCCGUCGAAGAGAGUGAUGCGCAUGUCGACCAGGGGGUAGCCGGCGAUGACGCCGUUCUGCAUCUGCUCGGUGAUGCCGCUCUCGACGGCAGGGAUGUACUCCUUGGGCACCACACCCCCCACAAUGGCGUUCUUGAACUCAUAGCCAGAACCUGUGUGUGCAGGAAGGCACACAGCCAUUGUUGUGUGGUGCACAAAGGAGCUGUGGAUUGGCGUGUGGUGUGGGUGUACCUACCAGGCUCAAGAGGCUCGAUCUCGAUCCAGACAUCACCAUACAUACCGCGGCCACCGGACUGCUUGACAUACCUGCACACACACACAGAGAGAGAGGGAGAGAUGCAUCCGUGUGACCAACCCCAUAGUCGAGCAAGCUCCCGUGCGUGGGUACCUGCCCUGAGCCUUCGACUGUUUGGAGAAUGUUUCCCUAUAGGCGACCUGUGGGGCGCCCGUGACACACUCGACCUUGAACUCACGCUUGAGCCUGUCGAUGAUGAUCUCGAGAUGCAGCUCGCCCAUGCCGCUGAUGAUCGUCUGGCGAGACUCUUGGUCCUGACAAAAGAAGCGAAGCCAACGCAGGAGGAGUGCAUUGCUGGUGUGGCUGUGGGCUUUGCUGCGUGUGGUGAGCGUACCGUGGUGACCCUGAACGAGGGGUCUUCUCGCGCGAGCUUGCCGAGGGCCGCUGACAUCUUAUCCUGAUCCGCCUUGGUCUUGGCCUCGACAGCCAAACUGCACACACACACACACACACACAGCGCAUUCACACAUGUCUCCACUGGUGUGCACGUGUGUGGGCACCUGAUGACGGGCUCUGGGAAGUCCAUUUUCUCGAGCGUGACGACCUUCUUGGGCUCGCAGAUGGUGUCGCCCGUGAUGACGUCCUUGAGCCCGACAGCUGCGCCGAUGUCGCCUGCCUUGAGCUCGUCGGUCUCCUUCCGCUGGUUCGAGUGCAUCAGCACCAACCGCGACACGCGCUCCUGCUUCCUCGUCCGGGGGUUGUACACUGUGUCGCCUGCACACACACACACAGACACACACAGGCACACACAGGGAGGGAGGGAGGGUGGGGCGGGUGGUGUGUCUCCGCGGCCAUGGGUUUCGGGCAUGUGGCUACCUGGCUUGAGUGUGCCCGAGUAGAGGCGGAUGAAGUUCAGGGUGCCGACAAACGGAUCAGUGGCAAUCUGACCAUCACACACACAAAGUAGGUAAAGUAGGCAGUCCAUCCAUCCAUCCAUCCAUGUAUGUGUGUGUGUGGGCUCCGCUCCCCUCUCACCGACCUUGAAUGCGAGAGCCGCCAUCGGGCCACUCGGGUCGGCCUCUCUCUUCUCAGGCUCCUCAUUCUGGUUGAUGCCUGUGAUGGCUGGCACCUCUGGCGGGGCAGGGAGGUACUCGAUCACGGCGUCAAGCAUCGCCUGGACGCCCUUGUUCUUGAAGGCGGAGCCGCAAAGGAUGGGCACCAGCUGGUUCUUGAGCACCUGGGCGCGAAGGCCCUGCUUGAUCUCGUCGUCCGUCAACUCGCCUGCACAGAAGAGGGCACUUUUGCAUGCGGUCGGUGAAUUCUGUGUGUGUGGUGCGCCCACCCUCUUCCAGGUACUUCUCCAGGAGCUCUUCUGACGCCUCGGCGGCCUUCUCGACCAUCUCGGCACUUACGAACGAAAGAAGCAAGGGGCACACACACAGUCUGGUCGUUCUCGGCCCCUGUCUCUGCAGCAUGCAUGGGUGUGACGUGCUCCUUUCUUACCGAUACUGCUCAGCCUUCUCUUUGAGGUCGGCGGGGAUAUCCUUGGCCUCGUAGGUCAUGCCGCGGUUCUCCUCGUUCCAGUAGAUGGCCUUCAUCCUGCACACAUACGCACACAAAGACGUGCAUCAGUCAGUACACGGACCUGUGUUUGUGUAAGUCCAUCUACGUACCUGAUGAGGUCGACGACGCCGGCAAAGUCCGAUCCAGCGCCGAUGGGCAGCUGGAUGGGCACGCCGUUGGAGCCAAGGCGGUUGCGGAUCUGGUCGACGCACCGGUAGAAGUCGGCGCCGACACGGUCCAUCUUGUUGACGAACGCCAUACGGGGGACCUGCGCACACACACCAUCACACGCACGCGUCGGCUGCCUGUCUACGUGAGUGUGGGCAUUGCUCGCUCCGCCCACCCUGUAUCUGUUUGCCUGCCUCCAGACGGUUUCGCUCUGCGGCUCGACGCCCGCGACGCUAUCGAAGACGGCGACCGCGCCAUCAAGCACCCGCAGUGACCGCUCGACCUCGAUGGUGAAGUCGACGUGGCCCGGGGUGUCGAUGAUGUUGAUGCGGUGGCGGGGGAACUGCUGAUCCAUACCUGCCAUGCACACAGAAGGUCCACGCAUGAGGGAGUGCGCAUCGAUCAUGUGUCUGUCUGUCUGUGUUUCUGGCUGACCGUUCCAGAAGCAUGUGGUGGCAGCGCUGGUGAUGGUGAUGCCACGCUCCCUCUCCUGGUCCAUCCAGUCCAUGGUGGCCUCACCUGCACACACACCCCAGCCACACGACAGACACCACAGAUCCAUCCAUCCACCCAUCCAUUCUGUUCCUUUCUGUGCCGUGCUGUGCUCUGCCCUCCCCUACCAUCAUGGACCUCGCCGAUCUUGUACGACACCCCCGUGUAGAGCAGCACCCUCUCAGUGGUGGUCGUCUUGCCCGCGUCGAUGUGUGCCAUGAUACCGAUGUUUCGGUAUCGGUCCAGCGGGAUGUCCUCGGUGUCUUUGUCUGCCUGCUGCAUACGCAGCACCUGAUGCUGCUGGCCUCUCGGCCGCAGGCGCUGGGGCGCAUGGCUGGAAAGGUGGCCGGGGGAGGCUGGGAGCGGACUCAAGAAUGCAGAUCUUGGGGAUCUGCGAAAGCUGGCGCCGAAGCAGCAGAGGGAGAGGGCAGAGAAGCACAGGAGGGAGAGGGCAGGCUGCAUUGUCAUCGUCAGUGAUGCGGACGGAGAA